AUGCUGCCUAUCUCGGUGCUGGUCCGCGGUGGAGUCGGCCUGUUUAACCUGCGGCCGCUACUCGGUAACGAGUUCCCCCGUCCGCCGCUCGGCGACAUCGAUCCGCCGGCCGACCUGACCUUCCGCGGCGACCUGCUCGGGGACGUGGUGUCGACGGCCACAGACGAGAUGGACAGCCUGCGCACCCGAGAGGCCCCCCAGGGCUUUCAAAACCAGUCGCGAACGGGGGCGGCGUACCCCUCCCGCCUGCACGGUAUGCACCGAAAGCCACUGGAAGAGGUCCUGAACGACUCCUACUUCGCCCGAACGGCAAUCCGGGCCACGCAGCUGCUGCAGAAAAGGCUGGCGCUCUCCGGCGCCGAGGUGGCCUUCCGUCUGCCGCUGUAUGACCUGGCGGCCACCCGGCUGGGCCGCGUGUGUCCGCCGCACCACGGCGCGCGCUACCCGGCCUGCGACUCGGCCGCCCGCUACCGCACCGCCGACGGCACCUGCAACAACCUGCAGUUCUCCUGGUGGGGCAGCGCCCGGUCGGCGUUCGUGCGCCUCCUGCCGCCCGACUACGGCGACAAGGUGGACAGUCCCCGUGCGGCGGCGGACGGCUCGGCGCUGCCCAGCGCCCGCCGGGUGAGCGCCGCCUGCCUCUCUCAGCCGCUGGUGGUCUCCGAGCUCUCGGAGAGGAUCUCGCUGAUGGUGAUGCAGUGGGGCCAGUUCCUCGACCACGACCUCUCCCACACGCCCAUGAGCACAGCCACCCUGUACGGCCGGCCGGUCUCGUGCUGCGGGCUGUCGGACCCCGGCCAGCACCCGGACUGUUACCCGAUCUCGGUGCCGCGCGGGGACAGCCUGUACCGGGAGCACGGCCAGACGUGUAUGGAGUUCGCCCGCUCCGUGCCGGCCCUGCACAACGGCUGCGGACUGGGUCCUCGGGAGCAGGUGAACCAGGUGACCUCCUACAUAGACGGCUCGGUGGUGUACGGCAGCUCGGACGCCGAGAUGAGCCGGCUCCGGCAGUUCGAGGGCGGUCGGAUGAAGACGGAGGACAGCCGCCUGCCCACCACUGAGGACGAGGGGGGCUGUAUCCGACAGCGCAGAGACGUCCGCUGCUUCCAGUCGGGCGAUAUCCGUGUGAACGAGCAGCCGGACCUGACCACCCUGCACACUCUGUGGCUGCGAGAGCACAACCGGGUGGCCGGCCGACUGCAGCGCUACUGCCCCGCCUGGGACGACGAGACGCUGUUCCAGGAGUCGCGCCGUCUGGUGGCGGCCAUGCUGCAGCACGUCACCUACCGCGAGUGGGUGCCGCUGGUGGUCGGUCCCCGGCUGGCGGCCCGCCACGGCCUGCAGCCCCUCCAGGAGGGCUACUUCAGCGACUACAGCCCCGACGUGGACGCCACCAUCGCCAACGUCUUCGCCACCGGAGCCAUGAGGUUCGGCCACACGCUGGUGCCCGACCACCUGAUGCUGUUCACCCCCUGGCACACCAAGCUGGCCGGCGUGGCGCUACACAAGAACUUCUUCCGACCUCACUCGCUCUACCACCCCGGCAGGAUAGACGAGUACAUGGCCGGCCUGGCCAACGCCAACAGUAGCGAGGCGGACAACUACCUGGUGGAUACGAUCCGUAACCGUCUGUUCGCGCCGCCCGGCGCCGCGUUCGGCCUGGACCUGGGUGCUCUGAACAUCCAGCGGGGCCGGGACCACGGCCUGCCCAGCUACGUCCAAUGGAGGCGCGCCUGCCGCCUGACGCCCGUCGACAGCUUCGCCCAGCUGAAGACGGUCAUGAGCCCGCUGGCGGUGGCCAAGCUGAUCACCACUUACAAGGACCUGGCCGACGUGGACCUCUACGUCGGCGGUCUGCUGGAGACGCCGCUGGAGGGCGCCCUGGUCGGGCCCACACUGGCCUGUCUGAUGGCCAAUCAGUUCCAAACGCUGAGGAGGGGCGAUCGGUUCUGGUACGAGAACGGCGACGAACGCCAUUCGUUCACGCCAGCCCAACUGAGGGAGCUCCGCAAGGUGACCCUCUCCAAGGUGAUCUGCGACAACUCGGCUCUGGCCACCAUCCAGCCCGACAUCAUGUUCAAACCAGACGACACGUCCAAUCAGCGCGUCAAGUGCCGCCACCUGCCUGCGCUGGACCUGCGUCUCUGGGCCUCGGAGCUGGGCUGUGUGGCGCCGCAGCGCCCCCAGACCGGGUCCGGCGGCCGGCCCGGCCCGGCGCGGCCGCCGCCGUUCUGGCCGGGCGGCCGGCCCGCCGGCGGACCCACGCCGUUCCCAGGAGGCCCUCCGCCGGCCGGCAGCACUCCGCCGCCCACCAGACCGGCAGCAGGCACCGACGACAGUCUGGAGCGGCCGGUGUUCCCCGGCUCCGAACCCACCGAGCCCGUCACACCGACCGGCGCCGGUCCGAGCACCGGCCCGGCGACCUCCGACGGACAGCCGCCCAGCUGGGAGCCCCAGCCGCCCUCACGGGCCCCCGCGGUCGAGCCGCCCGCACAGGUGGUCCCCGUGGACCCCGCAGUUCUGCCGCCAUCCGAGCCGACCCCAAGCCCCGCUGUGGUGCCUGUAGACCCGGCGGUGUGGCCGCCCUCCAGGCCGACUCCGGGACCGGCCCCGCUGCCGGAGAUUGCCGUGGACCCGCCGCGGACCACCACCCCCAGACCGACACCCGGUCCCGCCGUGAUCCCGGUGGACCCGCCGGUCCUGCCGCCCGCUGCCGGGUGA